AUGAUUAAUUAUUCUUUUCCGACAGAAAACAACACCGCUGAAGAGUUUGGAUUAUAUGAAGAAAAUGAUGAUAAUGAUGUUGUAAAUUAUGCAGCAGGCCAACCUAUUGAUGAAAUUCUAUUUGAUUUUCAGCAAGACGUUGUUAGUAGUGAUGAUUAUGAUAUAUUAAAUUCAACAAAAUCCGAUUUUAAUGGCAUAAAUAUAGUUGAUAAAAUUAAUCCGGCUUUAACACAGUCGUACUUCAAGACUAAAAUAAACGGAAAUAUUAAGUAUCUUCAUGCACAGCCAGCCUGCUGGCUGCAGCCAAACCAGAUAACGAAAUUAUCAAGUGAUCGUUUGUCUCGUGUCAUGCAACAAAUAUCUGAUACUAAUUAG